AUGGAAAAGACGGUCCUAAUCACAGGCGCAUCCUCCGGCCUCGGCCUCGCUUUCGUCAAACACUACGCCUCCCAGCCGUCAACGCGCAUAGUAGCCCUCGACGUACUGCCGCUCCCUCAAGCACUCGCCGCCCAAUCAAACGUCUCAUUCUACCAGACCGACAUCACAUCCUCCUCCGCGCUCGCAUCACUAUCCACCCAGCUCACCGACAUCCCGAUAAAUCUCCUCAUCCACUCCGCGGGCAUCAGGGGCCUCGUCCCCGAAAUCGUGCAAUCACAACCCGGCGACGUAGCAGCUGCCGAGACGUACGCCGCUAUGGACCAUUCGACCAUGCUGCGGACGCUCGAGAUAAAUACGUGGGGCACGUUCAACACAGUAACAAGCUUCCUGCCAAAUCUCCAGAAAGCAUCGGACGCGAAAGCAAUUAUUCUGUCCUCGCGGAUGGGCUCUUUGAGUGCGAAUACGGCGGGUGGGGGGUAUGCGUACCGCGCUAGCAAAGCGGCGCUUAAUGCUGUUGUUAAGUCGUUUAGUAUUGAUGUGCCGGAUGUGGUGUUUUUGCUGCUGCAUCCGGGGAGGGUGGAGACGGGGCUUGUGGAGUGGAAGGAGGAGGGUGCUAUGGGGGUUGAGGAGAGCUUGGAGAGUUGUUUGGGGGUGAUUGGGGGAGUCGGGAAGGAGCAUAGCGGGAGGUUUGUUGAUCGGUUUGGGGAGAGUAUUGCGUGGUAG